AUGCUCGAAGUGCCACUUGCAGCAUUCUCGGUGCUGGGACUGGUACAAACAACCAGCCUGGUAAUCGGUGUUGUUCUCAUAGGAUAUAUAUCAUACAUGUCAUAUUUCCACCCCCUUUUAAGAUAUCCAGGUCCAAAGAUAGCUUCCUUGACAAACCUCUGGAAGGCCUACUACGUUUACAAACUUGUUCUCCACGAAAGGCUAGUCGAACUACACCAGCAGUAUGGCCCCGUCGUCCGAAUCGGUCCUAACCAUCUCCAUUUCUGGGAUGGCGAAGCCAUUGCUCCAAUUUACAAAGGGGGCAGGAAGAUGGGAAAAACAGAAUUUUAUAAUGCCUUCACUGCAUUUAACCCUAAUCUCUUUGGAGGCAGGGACGAAGAUAUCCAUGCUCUUCGUCGACGACAACUAGCACACGGAUUCUCACAGGUAUCAGUCGAAAACUUCGAACCUCUAAUCAAUGGUCACAUAGAGAUAUUGCUCGGGAAACUUAACAACUUCGCAAAGACUGAAGAGGUCUUCGACCUCAAGUCUACCAUCUCGUACUUUGUUCUUGAUAUCCUAGGCGAAGUCGCCUUCAGUCGGCCAUUCAAUGCUCAACUCAAAAGCGAAGCAGAUGAGAUACACGCAAUAAACGAUCAUCUCCUCCUAUCAUGCGUAAUUGGUGAACUUCCCCUCCAGGCACUGUCAAAGUUCCUAGCACGGUGGUCGCCCGUUCCGUGGAUGCGAAAACUGGUGAAAAGCAGAAACAACCUCAAAGUAAAGUGCUCUGAGUGCGUUAGAAACAAGAUCCACAAUGCAUCCGACCGCCAGGAUUUACUUCAAAGUCUUGUCACGGCGAAAGACGUUGAAACCGGUGCCAGUCUGACCGAGCAAGAGAUUAAUUCAGAGGCGUUUGCUAUGCUGUGA